AUGACGUUUCCAGCCUUUAGCUCGUCCCAUUGGUACAUGAAUCCAAUUUCUCGCCGCACAACUUUCUUCUUGCUGGGAGCCAUAACAGGCUCGGCUGCCACAUACCUUCUGAAUCGACGUUCUUCUGUUAAAUCUGCGGCGACACAAACGGCUGAACCGACGUCUGCGAACCGCGUCAGCGAACUGGUCAAAUAUGGCAUCCCCGAGACCGAGCAAGUACAGUUUAGGAAAAACUUUGUGACGAGUAUCAAUUAUCGGAUGAAGAUUCCUAAUUGGGUUUUGGAACACUUGACAAAGGAGAACUUGAAGGGAACUGCCGACAGGCAGUAUGCUCGCUUCGAACCGGACGAGUCGGUCCCGGAAAUAUUCCGCGCCAAUAAUGAAGAUUAUUGGAAGAGUGGAUACUCAAGAGGGCACCUUGCCCCCGCCAGUAAUAAUAAAUCUUCGGCCGAGGCAAUGAAAGAAAGCUUUUUGCUUUCGGCCAACAUCGUCCCUCAAGACUAUGACAAUAACGUCUGGUACUGGAACCGUCUGGAACUGUAUGUCCGGGAUCUGACCAAUUACUUUGACGAUGUCUAUACCUUGACGGGUCCGCUAUGGCUUCCAGAGCCGAUCCCAGAUCCCACUGAUAGGGCUCGCAAUGCGUCUCCGUCUUCAACGUCAAUGGCUGCGCACGCUCGACCGAAAAGAAUGCAAAGGGCCUUCACGCCGCCGCCGCCUCCGUUGGAUGCUUUACCUCUUCCUGCAGGGGAGGACGUGCUCAUAAAUCCCGUUCCAUCUACGAUCUUUCAUGCCGCCGUUCAGCACCCAGAUGAUGUUCCCAUGGAGCCGACAGACCAAUUACAGCCUGUGCGCUCUCUCACGGUACGUCCAUUGCCCGCGGAAACGGCGCCACCCCGACCACUCCCAAAGUACCAAAUAUGUUACCCGGUUCUCGGCGAUACCCAAAUAGCCAUUCCUUCUCAUCUAUUCAAAGCAAUCCUUGCAACUGAUACCAGUACCCACACCCAUCAUUUUGCCGCAUUUGUCAUUCCCAAUCGGCCUAUCCCUGAAGAUACUCCUUUGAAAGUCUUUCAAGUGGGAAAAAAUGAUCUCGAAAAGAUGACAGGGUUCAAAGUCUUUGAGGGAGGGUUGGGGCCUCAAGGAGAGCUCAAAGACUUGUGCAUUUCGCACGGAUGCAGGAUGAUGGAACCGGAUGAGCACAGGCUGUACUUUCUGACAAGAGAUUUGAGAAAUUCAAAAAAAAUGCAGCGGGUGGAGAGAACAGUGGAUCAGUUGUUACGGCAGGGUAUCGUACCGGAUCACGAGUUUAUGAAAGUGUUGGCGGAGAAAGUGGACAUGCUUGAUCGAACGGAACAGGAAGUGGGUGAACCUAGUUCGUAACCCGCUGUCAUUUCUGCGAGAGCAUACGGUGUACGUCAGGCUUGAUGAUGCUUUUGUAACUAUACUCCCACCAUUGUAUGGCAUAAAGUAACGGAUCGCUGUGACAUCACAAGUUGUCGAGUCUAAAAUGUGAGCACUACCAGCUGAAAAUAUAAGAACCAAAACAAAUGGGUAGACCGAAAAACUGACACAAAGCAUGGGAUAUCUACAUUUUAGCAAAUAACGUAUGUAAAUGAAUCAAGGACGUCUAACAAAUACAGUGAUAAAGCGGCGACAUCAGGAACUAAUAAUAGAUAGUAGUGUGCGACCUUUGCAUGCAAGGCCAAACGCAAAGAAAAGAAGUUGGUCAUAA